GCGAUCCCGUCCGAUAUUCUUCGGACGAUCAAUGAAACCCCAACGAAACUACCAGCAUGCUGUUGCAAAUUUUCUUCUUCUCACAGCUCACGCGAUGGCCGUGACCAUAUCCCAGUUUAUCAUCAUGGAAUAACCUCCGUGUCUAAAGUCAAGGUACCCCACUUAAAAGUAAUGCGAACGACCGUGUCGUCCCAUCAAAUAUAUCAAUGAUGAACCAUCAUCUCCCACGAGGUUUUUUUUCUUUUAAAUUCGUCGCACUAUCAUAAAGUCAAAGAAAUAAAACUUUCUAUUCAAAUAAAUGGCUUCUUCUCAUAAUUACAGCACAUCCAGUUCUGAAGUCGGAACUCCAUAUACUCCUAGAUCUUCUUCUCCUACUUAUUCCGUCGCAAGUCGUUCUUCUUCUACCACCAUCAGUAAACGCAUCUCUAUUUCUACAAGUCGGAGAAAUACAACUAUGAAUCCUAUAGGUGGCGUUGAUAUUGCUGCCAUUGAAGCGGCUAUGAAGCAAUCUUCUCUUGACCAUUUGAAAGGUUAUAGUCAGACGAAUUAUCCAACGGUUACUCAAUCCAAUGAUACCGAAUAUAUCUCUCAAGAUGCCGCCAAAGGAUAUCAGGUUCUUCGUGAGCCUGCAUGGAAUAAAGGUACCUCCUUUACUCCCGAAGAAAGAGUCAACAAAAACCUUACUGGUCUCAUCCCUCACGUCCUAGAGAGUCUCGAAACACAAUGUAUCCGAGCCAUGCGAAUGAUCAACAGUCGAGCAACUCCCAUCGACAAAUACCUUUAUCUCUCCAAUAUCAAAGCUCAAAAUACAGAUCUUUUCUACCGUCUCUUAAUCGAUAAUAUCGCUACUCUCAUGCCCCUCGUCUACACCCCCACAAUCGGUGAUGUCUGUCUCCAAUACUCCACAUUAUAUACUCGCCCAGAAGCAUUAUAUAUUUCCAUCAAGCAACGUAACUCCAUGACUACCAUUUUGAGAAAUUGGCCAUAUCCGGAUCCUUCGAUUUGUGUCGUGACAGAUGGAUCACGUAUUCUCGGGCUUGGCGAUCUCGGUGUUAACGGUGUUGGAAUCUCGAUCGGUAAACUAGCCCUCUACACCGGAGCAGCCGGUAUCCAUCCCGAAAAAACCCUCCCCAUCGUCCUCGACUGCGGCACCGCCAAUGAAGAAAAUCUCCGCGAUCCCCUCUACCUCGGUCUCCGCAUGAAGCGGCCCGGUCCCGAAAUCGAACAGCAAUUUAUGGAUGAAUUCAUGGCUGCCGUGAAAGAAGUCUACCCGCAGAUGCUUGUCCAAUUCGAAGAUUUCGAAUCCGAAAAAGCAUUCAAGUAUCUCGAUCGAUACAAGGGCGAAAAAACGUUCAACGACGAUAUUCAAGGUACAGGUGCGGUGGUAUUAGCUGGAUAUAUCGGCGCAGUCAAUCUCUCCGGAGUCCCCAUCGAAGACCAGAGGUUAGUAUUCAUGGGCGCGGGAUCCGCUGGCGUCGGAGUCGCAAAACAAGUCAUGGAAUAUUAUACCCGUCGUGGCCUCUCUGAAAAAGAAGCCCGUGAUAAAUUCUGGCUCGUCGACACCAAAGGCCUUGUUACCACUGACCGCGGUGACAAAUUAGCCGCGCAUAAGAAAAUCUUCGCGAGAGAUGAUAAUAAUGGUCAUCAAUUCCAAACCUUGGAAGAAGUUAUCGAGUAUGUGAAACCGACCGCGUUGAUUGGGUUAACGGCCACUUUUGGUGUUUUCACAGAAUCGGUUGUGAGAGCUUUAAAGGUGAGUGUUGAUGCGGGGGGAUUGGGACGAAGACCUAUUCUUUUCCCGCUCAGCAAUCCUCUCACAAAAGCGGAAUGUACCUUCGAACAAGCUAUUACUUGGACCGAAGGAACCGUGAUUUUCGCCUCCGGAUCCCCUUUCUCGCCAGUAACGAUCAAACAUUCUGAUUCCCCCUCGGAAAACUCAACCACAUACUACCCCAACCAGGGUAACAAUGUUUACGUCUUCCCGGGACUGGGACUCGGAGCAAUACUAGCAAAAGCCUCGAGAGUCACCGAUGCAAUGGUGUAUCAGAGUGCGGAAGCAUUGUCGGGAUGUUUGAAUCGGGAGGAAUUGAUGAUGGGACUUAUUUAUCCGAAGAUUGAGAGAGUGCGCGAUGCGAGUGUGGUGGUUGCGAGGGAAGUGAUGAAGGCGGCGAGGAGAGAGGGAGUUAGUGGGUUGAGUGAGGAGUGUUGGGCUGUGUGGGAGGAGUGGGGAGAUGUGGCGUUAGAAAAUUGGAUUAAGAAACAGGUUUAUGAUCCUAGGUGGUAGAGUGGGUGUGAGUGGAGGAGAUGAGGAUUUUUUCGUUGCUGUGUUGUUGUUUUUUUGCUUUCGAGGGCUGGCUAGCAUGCGGGAGCAAGAUACCAUGACUUUUGAAUGCGAGUUUGCUUCUUUGCUUCUUUGCGUAGCGAGAUAUAUGGUUCAUAUGAGUAGUAAUUACAUAUAUACUACAACUUCAAAAUUACAUGUUGGUGGUCGGAAUCAAAAUAGACUAAAUAAGAAAUAAGCAAUAAUAUCACAAGAACCGAUUCUUA